AUCUCAUAAAUCACAAUGUGGGAGUUCCGCUCUAUGAUGUUCUGGCGGGUGGUGUUCGCCGAGUUUUUCGGCACCAUGUUCUUCGGGAUGGGCGCAGCGCUACGCUGGACCUCCGGGCCGUACCAUGUCUUCCACACUGCCCUCUGCUUCGGUUUUGCUGCUACCAAUCUCAUCCAAUCCAUCGGCCACAUCAGCGGAGGACACAUCAAUCCAGCCGUCACCUUCGCCUACUUAGUCGGCUCUCAGAUGUCCUUUUUCCGAGCUUUCUUCUACAUCUGCGCUCAGUGCCUGGGGGCCAUGGCAGGAGCCGCGGCCCUUUAUGGAGUUACACCCAACAACAUGAGAGGCACACUGGCACUUAACACGCUGCAGCCCGGCAUGAGUCUCGGCAUGGAGACUACAGUGGAGGUGUUUCUCACCUUGCAGUUGGUGGUUUGCGUUUUCGCCGUCACAGAUGAGAGGCGAAACGGCCGUCUGGGUUCUGCCGCUCUAUCCAUUGGCUUCUCUAUCACUAUGGGCCACCUGAUGGGGAUGUACUACACUGGAGCUGGCAUGAACCCAGCUAGAUCUUUCGCUCCUGCUGUCAUCACGAGGAAUUUCAUCAACCACUGGGUGUACUGGGUGGGACCUAUGAUUGGUGGUGCUAUGGGUGCCAUCCUGUAUGAUUUCAUACUGUUUCCCCGUAUGCGGGAUCUCUCCGAGCGGCUAGCUACUCUCAAGGGCAGCCGACCCCCAGAGGCCGAGAACCAGCAGGAGACCCGCGGGGAGCCCAUCGAGCUGAAGACUCAAACCCUAUAAACCUGCUAAGAACCUGUGGACCGAAAUCUGGCUCUACCUCACCGGACCGUCUCA